CUUCAUUUUCGCGCUCAAAUAUCUCAAAUCAGACAUCUUGAAGGGUCAUUUGGGGUGCCAAGAUACACGUGAUUCCUUUCUCGAUUCACCUCAUACCUAGGUACUCAAACUUCAAGCUCAGUCCUUCAACUUUCGCCUUUUCUGAUUUCUAUCAGCAACCAUGCGCAGGAAAGCACUCUUGAUCGGUAUCAACUACUACGGCACUAAGCAUCAACUUAACGGCUGUAUCAACGAUGCGCUCAACGUCCAGAGAUAUCUUGUUGAAGAUCGAGGUUUUAAUCCUGCGCCACAUGACAUGGUUGUCAUGACAGACGAUCCCAAGAAUCGUGGCACACCGUUUGAACCUACUGGCAAAAACAUGAUGGAGGCUUUCAAGUGGUUGGUAACAGGGAACAAUCCUGGAGACUCGGUCUGGUUGUCCUACUCUGGCCAUGGAGCGCAAGUCAAGGAUCCCGAUGGAGAUCGCGAGUCAGGCUUCGACGAUACUAUAUGUCCUCUUGAUUUCCAGACCAACGGCCAGAUAGACAGUGAUACUCUUCACAGAGUUCUAGUAUCGCCUAUGAUCCCACAAGCUCGGCUAACCGUCCUCUUUGAUUGCUGCCACAGUGGCUCCGCAAUCGAACUUCCCUACGUCUAUCGGCCCAACUCCCAAGGUGAAGUCAACCUCGUCGACAAUGUAAAGAAGGGCAUCAAUCUCGCCAGUCAAGCAUACCAGCUCAUGCAAGGAGGCUUCAAUGCUCGGAAGAUUCAAGAUGCGAAGAUGCUGAUAGGAGGUGCUAAGAGUUUGCUUGCUAGCUUUCAACAUCGGGAGCAGGAGCAUAACGAGGAUGGUCUUGGCGAAGAGAAGUUCAUGGAAGAUUGGAAGCAUGAGGGGAAGGAUGUAUGGAUGUUCAGUGGCUGUGCUGAUAAUCAGACAUCUGCCGAUACUAGUAUUGCUGGAGCUGCGACCGGCGCGAUGUCUCAUGCCUUCAUUUCGACGAUGCGACAGAGUCCCAACCAGAGCUACGUUCAAGUUCUGCAAAGCACGAGAGCAGGGCUGGCUGGCAAAUAUCAACAGAUCCCUCAACUAUCUUGUGGCGGAGAAUAUAACCUGAAUCAGCCAGUAUCCUUCUGAUCGGCGCGACAGGUAUAUACUAUCUGGGUCUCAAAUUGCUUGCUCUUGCGACUAAGUUCUUGGACAUAAUGCAACAAUGAAAUGCGUGAU